GGCCUGGCGCAGGUCGUUGUGUUCCUCAUCCUGGGUUAUUCAAACUGACCUGCUUCUCACGUCACUCUAUGAACCCUGGGCCCAUGUUAAAAUGGUACCUUCAGAAGAAUAUGUCGCGAAAUUUCUCGCUAUUGCGCCUGGCGCAGGCGAUGGAAAGGCGUUUGUUUUCCUAGAAGGCGCAAAUAGUCUCGAAGAGGCAAUUGAUCAAUAUUAUGAGAAUCCCGACAAGUACGGCACCGGUACGACGCCCGUAACUCAACCCCUAGCCAACAACACGCAUGUGGCACACCACACCAACGCAGUCAUUAAGGCUGGGGUCAUUCGCGCGCAGGAUGAGCAAGAGAUGCAGAAUCAGCUGCAAACCUUGCAAUUAAGGUAUAGGAUUUAUAACCCAGACCUUGAACCAGAGCAUGAGGUUGACGGAUAUUGUUCCUGUCCCAUACACCAAUAUAAACAACUGAAGUGGAACCGCCUUGGUGUGCAGAACAUGUGGUCCCAGGCCGUGAUGUAUCCCGGCGAAAAGGCAUACCACGACUGUAUCCAGCCAACAAUCGGCCUCUUUAGUAGCAAUCCCUAUGCAUUGAGCUCAAUCUCACCAUUCUCGCGGUACGGCUCGACCUGGUCUGGUAUCCCGUCUAUCAGUCCUCGAAACUACACGCUCUGGGUACAGCAGACCAUUGAGCUUAACGCUCAUCUUAAUGCGAAGGCUCAGACUAAGGUAGAUGCGCUAGAGCCUACCAUGAACAUCUGGAAUGAUGAACAGUUGGCAGUACCUCAGCAGGCGACAGGCUCAUUGCAUAUAGGCGCGCAAAAAAACAAACCGUCGGGGACAGAAAAUUCUACAGAUGCGCCAUCACCAGUUAGAGCGGCAAGUGCAUCCCAGAGCUCUAAAGCGCCAUGGUAUGGCAGCAUUAAAAAGGCCUUGUCAAUCAAAUCAUCAGAAGAAAGGGCAAUGGAAAAGAAGAUUAAAAUGAGGGCUCAUGGCAUUGAGUUGCGCAAUUCGAUAGUUCAGGAAGAGACCGGUCGUUGGCCAACUCCAGAAUGGCGACAGCUGGUCAUGAAUUAUCAAGAAAAGGUGGGGAUGCGAACAAAGAUCUCAGACCUGCGGGAGCGCUCACCUAUUCAAUACCUUCACCUUCUCCGAGCAGGAUAUUUCGAGCCGAUCCCUGUGGCCUGGGCUGAUCAAAUUUCCAACCCGCUGAAAUUCUCUAUCGAGGCUGCUGGUGGAUGGAGGGGCAUCACUCCUGCUUGGAGGGGAUAUGAAGACACGGCAGAAGAGCGACUCUACUGGGUGCUUAACCAUAGGGAUGGGAGCACCGGUGCGAGACUGAAACCUGACCAAAUAUCUGCUUUGAAUAUGGCUCGGGCGAGAAUGGCAUCUGCAGUCGAACCGCCACCUCAAUACUUUUCAGCGAAUGAUAUUUGUCAUGUUCAGCAUACCUCGGAAGGAUAUUCAAAGCAGGUAAUGGCCCCUCCUUUUAUUCCCAUGGAUGGGCCAGAAACAGCGAGGGACGAUACAAUGAUUCUGUUGGAUGUGUCGGGGUCUAUGGAGUUUGACCCAGUGCGACCUGUUUAUGAUCAGUAUUUUAUUACAGGAUAUGUAACUUCCCAACAACCGAAAAACAAGGCGGUAGCAAAAGCAAUUGUCCGCCGCUUUGUCGACGCCAUGAUUAAUCACAGCAGGAAUGGUCACGGCUAUGACUUGAUCACAUUUGCUAACCACUCAAAUUAUAUCGGCGUUAUAAACCACCGCAAUUUUGACCGAGUGUGGAAUGCUGUUCGCCUCGGAGGCGGUACCCGUGUUAUGUCGGGUUGGCAAAAGGUGAAGCAAUUACAUUUUGAGAAGCAUCGUCAGUCGGCUUUUCAUCAUCCCGUGUACGGUUGGCAAGCCGGCCCUGAAACGCCUAUCCUAAGGCUACUUCUUUUACUGGAUGGAGAGGCUACAGAUAUGGAUGAAUUUGAGUUGGACCUGUUGGGAUGCUCGUGGGCUCAUGUAACUGUCUUCUUGAUUGGCGUUGACGGAUGCCCUCAUCAUCACCGCCAUGCCAACGAGCUCCAACGGAUUAGCGAAGUCAAUCACCAUGUUUCAUUUGUCGACGCUCAGGGCAAUACUCCCGAGCGAUUUGUCACACACGAGCUUUUGAAGCGGCAUUUGGGCUAUAACGUUUCCAUGCAAGAAUUUGAGGAACUAGAGCAGCCGCCUCCAUAUAGUGAGACUUGA